AUGGCGGAAGCGGCCGUCUUUGAGAAGCUGCUUGAUGUGCUUAACCGGCUUGAUGGAAGGCUACAGGCCAUCGAGGCCAGGAUUGUGACAGGCAAGGCCGCGACUGAAGACAAAAAGCCAGUCACGGACCCUAAGCCUGUAGGAUGUUCUUCAAUUGUUGCGUCAGACUUUGAAGUGCAUUCUCAAGAGAUCCCUCUCGACAGUAAGGUCUUGGUUGAUCACGCCUGCUUUACUGGCUCCAGCACAUCAGGACAGAAUAACUUAAACAACCAGGGCACUUGGCCGAGUCCAGAUGCAUGUACGGAUAAAAACCAGCCAACAACUCAAAUCGCUGUCAUUGAUGUCGAGGUCGCGGGGAAGCAAGCCGGCUCUGCUAGCUCCACCUCAUUGGGACACAACGACCCAGGUAGUCUAGGCGCUUCGAUUGUACCAGACGCCUCAAUUGAAGGAACUCUGCCGGCAACUCAAAACACUGUCGAUAGGAUUGAAGUGGCGGGGAAUGAAGACUGCUCUGCUAACCAGUCAAUAACGCAAAUCACCACGCAGAACGAGCAUCUUGAUGACUCCAUUCCACCAAGAGAUUUAUAUGCCCACUUCCCCGCGACACGGUGGGACGAGGCAGCUUUUGGCCCCAUGGGACUAUUCCACGGCCAAGCAAAAGACGCCUGGAACAAUGAAAUCCUCUGGAAUACAUCUCUCCGGGAAUUUUGGACUGUGCCUGCCGACAACCGAAUCGAUCUCUCAUUUCAGAAGCAUGUCCUCAGAUGCAUUCCACCCGAUUCUGCCCAAGACAUAAUCUCUAAAUUAGGAGAGUGGUUACAGUUUAUGGAUGCCCCCUUUAAGUAUUUUGCACCGGAAGCCUUCUCUAUUCGUGAUUUUAAUCAGGGAGGCAAAUCUGUUCUUUAUCUCCCGUUUCGUGAAAAAUCUACGUACGAAAAUUUAGGGUCAGAACUAAAUCUCCAAGAAUCGAGGCAUGAAAUGAGCAAAUCACAGAAGCCCGAGGAUGAAGAUCUCGCCUUUGGAUUUCCUAUAGACACGCACGUCGAUGCCUCGGAAUCUAUAAUUGCUCCAUGGCGAAGAUUCAUAUACAUUCGAGGCCUUACUUCAAGCAAGGAAAUGAAGAAACCACUUUUGGCAGUCAAUUCACCCGGUCACUCUGCGACUCCUCAUCCUGCUAAGCCGUUUCUGCCUAGCGGUAUUGAUCCAAACCAAUAUGGGGUCGCUUCCCAAUUUCGGAGCACUUUGCGAAGUCUGAGAGUACCUCUCUCUUCUCCACAAACUGAUGACUUGUUACGAAGAUAUUUCAUAGAGGAUACUGAUCCACCUGUUCACAUCCUACACGCUGUGACUACGCUACAUGCAUCAGCUUCAUUGAUACGUAGAGAUGAGGGUCUAGUGUGCUUUUAUGCCCCCGCAUUGGACUCGGUGGCGAUGAGCUUUCACAUGGUUCUGUACAACUCGGACUUACAUGGCAAUAUCUUGGAAAAUGAGAGGUGGCCUAAUGGUCAGCUUUACCAUGACGGCCCUCUUUUUAGACGGGAAGCACUUUCCAUAAUUGCUAUUUGCAAUGGCGUUACGCAGCACAAUUUUAAAGCCGAUCACCAAUUCUACACUAUUCUCUUCAUGGUACCGAACACCUACUUAGACGGGACGAUCUCGCUUACCCCCCAAAAUGAUCGUCCACUAUAUAUGCGUGAUGCUGUUCUUCUCAUGACGAGGAAGUUGAUGAGAUACGCGGUUUCUCGCUGGCAGAUUAUGAUUGAGCACUUUGACGACAUACUCGAUGAUGGUAACACCUUCAUGAAUCCAUCCAACCACGACAGCCUCCUCGUGGACGAUGAGACCUUCUCUGGAUCUCGGAAGUAUUUUUGGGCUUUAACCUGCCUGUCAAACUUCAAGGCUUGCCUUGAAGAUUCGAUCGCUACCUGGGACAUGUGCCGUGAGACCUGGAUGACGAAGCUACCUGACGAAGUCAUGCCUAGAACAGCUCUCUCGAAACAGACUGCGGCAGACGUCGACGAGUUAUCUCAGAAGCUAAAGUUACUGCACGCACGCUUCCAAGAACAUUACAAAAAUGUGACCGCCCUAAGAGAUGGACUUUUUAACGCAAGCGCUGUAAUGGAGAGUCGAGCUUCAACCAAACUCGGCGAAAACGUCAAACUCCUCACAUAUGUCAGCAUAUUUUUCCUCCCCCUCGCUUUUAGCACUUCCCUCUUUGCACUAUUCCUUCCUAUCGAGAGUCACGUACUAGUCCCCACCACCAUCCUCAUCGCUUUCGCAACGUACCUCCUAGUUUUCAAUCUCACUACAUUUGUCCGUUUCCUCUCUAGUAUCCACUCAAAAUAUAGACGUUCACUCGCCACCUGCAUGCAAGACGACUCCACCUCGGAAAGCUGGCGCCACCGUGGGAAGAACUUCAAGAAAUUCAAAUCCGAGAUGAAACGGGAGAGAAAGCCGAGUGACUGGUUGUUGUUAGUAUAUCUACUGCGAAUGGCAUGGAGUGCAAUAUGGCCCGGGAAUUGGAAGGCGUUUGAGCGGCGGCGGGCGACUCAGGGUCAUGAUUCGCUCUCUAGUUCGCUCGCUAGUGGCGAUAGCGACGGAUCGGCUCAGUACGUGAUAGUUAAGGUGGGUAUCUGGGCCAGAAUAAUAGGCCUUUUGAGGAAGAGGAGUGAGGAUGGGGAGAGUUCGGAGGUAUCCAUCUCAUAA